CAGAAACGACCACGUCCGCCUCCAGACGUGUUUAGUUCAGUUUGUUUUAGUUUAUACGGACAUCGCUUUGUUACGAGGCGCGCCAAAGUCCACCUUGGCACGAUAACCUGACAGUUGGACGCAUUUGACUAACUGCCAAAAACCCGGAGCAAACUCCUCCCGCGGGGGUCUGCGUUUCUCCACUCCCACUCUGGGCCGUCGCCUGCCUCCCAUCUCUGAUAUCGGACUCGAGACACUGGCCUGCUAGUUAGCAAGCGAGCUAAAGGAUUCCCCCAUGUCCUCUGAAGAAGGGAUCAGUUCAGCGAUAACAGAUUGGCUUUUCGUCAACUCCUGGUGGCUCCUUCUGCCGUUCAUCAUGCUGCUUGUGGUCGCCGCCUUCAUUGUUGCCUUCGUCUUGUUGCUUUACAUGAUAUCGCCUCUCAUCAGUCCGAAGCCGCUGAAACUCAACGGGGCCCACGUCGUGGUAACGGGAGGCUCCAGUGGGAUCGGGAAAUGCAUCGCCAUCGAAUGCUACCGGCAAGGAGCGUUCAUCACUCUGGUGGCACGAGACGAGGAGAAAUUACUCAGAGCAAAGAAAGAUGUGGAGAAAUAUGCCAUCAAUGACAAACAAGUGGUGCUCUGUGUAUCUGUGGAUGUGUCCAGUGACUACACUCAAGUGGAAAAUGUGAUCAAACAGGCUCAAGAGAAGCUUGGGCCUGUUGAUAUGCUCGUGAACUGCGCUGGAACGGCCAUUUCUGGAAAGUUUGAGGAAAUGGAAGUGGAGCGUUUUAAAGAAAUGAUAGAGCUGAACUACCUGGGCAGUGUUUAUCCAACACGCGCCGUCAUAACCACCAUGAAGGAGCGAAGAAUGGGCCGCAUCAUGUUCGUGUCCUCCCAGGCGGGCCAGAUCGGCCUGUUCGGAUACACCGCCUACUCCCCGUCCAAGUUCGCUCUGCGUGGCCUAGCAGAGGCGCUGCAGAUGGAGGUAAAGCCGUACAAUAUCUAUGUAACGAUGGCCUUUCCUCCUGACACUGAUACUCCACUCCUGGCUGAAGAGAACAAGUCAAAGCCUUUAGAGACCAAAUUAAUCUCUGAAACCUCUGGAGUUUGGCAGCCGGACCAAGUAGCCAAAAUACUUGUCAGGGAUGCAGUGCAGGGGAACUUCAGCAGCUCAGUUGGUCCUGACGGUUACAUGCUGUCAGCCCUCACCUGUGGAAUGUCACCUGUCACCUCCAUCACYGAAGGCCUCCAGCAGAUCGUCACCAUGGGGCUGUUUCGGACCAUCGCCCUCUUCUACCUGGGCAGUUUUGACAGCAUCGUGCGCCGCUGCAUGAUUCAGAGGGAACAGUCCAAAGCAGCUGACAAGAGAGAGUAGCAGCAGCCUUACAAGUCCUAAAGGUCCCUCCUCCACGGCCCCUUUAUCCAGUCUCCAGUCAUACAAAUGCACAACCAUAUGGGGGAGCAAAAGGUCAAGCCAAUGUGCUUUGAAACCCACUACAGAGAUUAGAUGGGGGUGGGGGGGUAGCACAUGUUUACUUAGAGCUUUUCUAAUGACACAAACCCUCAUUUUAAAUUUCCUGUUUUCUGAGAGCGUUUAAAUAAUAUUUUGGUUUAAUGGGAGUUCCCACUUCCAGUGUGAGAGCUGCCUUAUUAGGAGGGAACGAGGGCAGACUAAAUCCCCAGUUUUAUAAUAGCUGUGUCUUACGAAGCACGUACAUCAAGCUUGUACCAGAUUUAACUCAAAAUUCAUUACCACCAGGGACUGUAAUGGAAAACGGGGCGUAACUCUCCUAUUUUAGUUGUUUUUGUUGCAUGUUUUUCAAAACAAUCUUCACUUUUUACAAAGUGUUUUACAGUUUUCACUAAAUGACCUGGUCAGAUUUUUGUACCACGAGUCUUUGCUGGCAAAGCAACCUUCUCAUUUUGACUGAAWAACUUUUUGUUUUGAAACUGGUCGUGACCCCCUCUGUGUUUUACUUAUUUUUUGCUGUGGGAUGUUUGAAUUUUGUCUGAACUAAGCUGUGAAGUGAUAUAACUGUAUUCUUUGAUAUCAGAGUGAGAGGAUGUCGUUCCUGUGAGUCUAAAUGUAAUUUACGCCCAAUAAUAACAAUAUCCAGAAAUGUUAACGUGGAAGUGUCGGGGGAAGAAUUUAAUUAUGGGUGACUUGUGUGUGUUUUGUUUCUACUGUGACUGAGCCAACCUGCACGGGAGAGAAAAGCCAUUUGAUUGAAUCGUCUUGGUUGCGAAGACGCUAAAUUUUUAUUUAUUUUUCUUCGUGUCAUUCCACUCGAAAGGGAGGUAUUUUGAGUCGAAGCCAUGACGUCAUUAGACAGAAAAAUCACACAAUUUCACUUUUCACCUGCACCCAAUCGCUCCGUUUGAUCGUUCUUUACUUGCCGUUAAAAUGGCUCRUAUUCAGAAUACGGUUCUGUCUGGGUUUCUUUUCACUCGGGCCGGUGUUCUGUCAGCACAAGGCAAGGCUUGCUGGUUCGAGUCGUGUGACUUUAGGUCUACUGACAGCAGCACUAGAGAUUAGUUUUACAUAAAGGUCAAAAAUAUCCAAUAUUUUCAAAAACGACACCGUCUGUCCAGCCUCGAGAAGACUCAUUUAUCAGAUGACUCUUUUUUUUAUGAGACAGAAGUACAUUAUUAGUUUUUAMAAGUCUUCCUUCAGUCCAUUUUACAAGAAUGUACUUAAAUGCCAAACAUACAGAUCAGGACARGAUUCUUAUCAUAUACAUCACUCUCUGAAUGCCAAAAUGUGUUAAAACUGUCUGUAGAUGCAAUACAUUUAUUUAGCUUUCUUUUUGCGUUGCUGCUCUGUCGAUCUCAGUUUGUUUAAAAGCCACRGAGCAAUGCCGGGACUCGUUUAAAAGCCUUAACAGGUGACAUCUGAUCAGUUUAAUGCUUUGAGAAUGAAGCUGUUGGUAAAACGGCGCGACUUAAACCACGUGUUAACGGCUUCCYCGAGUUUAUUUUUGUGUUUUAGUCUUUGACAAAAAAAAAAAGAAAGCCUUAUUUAAUCUAAGAUAUGAAAGUGAGAAUGUUUGAUUCAUGUAUGAUGAUGUUCUCAUUUGAUUUUAGUUAAAGGUACAGAGGAGUGCUUUGUGUUAUUAUACAUUUAGUGCUUCGCUUUUUUUUUUUGUUACACCUUGAAGUAGCGACGUAUAGUUUAAAGAACAUGUAGCUGAUAAAAACCAGUUUUGUUUGAACACUAUUAAGCUAUGCAAAGUGAAGCUUAUGUUUGAACAUCCAGUAAAAACUGAAGCUAGUUUGCCCUUGUUUAAUAGUGUUAGGUUCUCAGUGAGUUUUAAAGGUUCUCAUUGCAAWGACUUAAAGGCCGGACAAAAAUCUGCACAGUAGUGACUCGGCGUUUACUUCUUCACAUUUAACACGCUUGUCCGAUCCCACCAUUUUUACCUGCAGCCUAAAGUAGGCCAAUCACGCAAAUUCAGCUUUGUUUACGUUGAGCGCAUACCCGCAUUUUAUAUGGGAAACUGAGGUAAACUCAAGCUGCGCUAUUUGAUAUAGUUCAGGACAGCGGUUUGUGUGUUCGAUUUGAUGCUUUGCAAUGAGAACCUUUAAUUGCACAUGAACAAGUCACGCUGGGCUCAUGAGGUUGAUGUUGUAUGAUUUUUAUUUUAUUUUUUUCUGCCAAAACAUUUAACACCUUCACCUUGUGUGCCAUUGAAAGAAAAAUGUGAGAAGUGGAACAUUGUUUUAUUUUCUUACAUGAUAAAAUAAACACCUGUAAGAAGAAAA